AUGGUGGACGCUGCGACGCACAAGACUCUCCUUCCUUACAAUCGCAUGGUUUAUGAAUGGAUCCUUACAGACCAAGCAGAUGCGCUUUUAAUGUCAAAGUGUUGCUCGAAUGUACAGUCUAUAUGCUUCAGUAAACAAGCCUUUAUAGACGACAGCCUGACUGAAAGCUUACUACAAAACUGGCGUCGCUUGAGGUCUAUCGUUUUGCAAAAGAAUGCCACGGACGAGACGUUAUCUCUAAUUGCGCAAUAUUCACAAUCCAUAGAAUCAAUUGAAAUUCAUGGGUGUCCAGUGACGGACAAUGGAAUACACACUCUGUUAUCUUAUUGCCAUGCAAUAAACAGUAUAACGAUUGUCAAAUGCCCUUCCAUCACCGACAAGACUCUCCAAACACUAUCAUCAGCUCCAUGCACUCCCAUUCUUCAGAUACUAAACAUUAACGAGUGCCAGUUCACUGACAGUGGCUUCGCGGAGGUUUCUUUCUUCCCAGCAUUGUAUAGUCUUUCUCUGCAGGCACUCAAAAUAAACUCGGGUCUGCUACAUCUGGCCAAGAGCGUUCCUCGAUUGGAAGAGCUGACGUUUCGUAAUAUGUCAAAACUUACGGAUAAUGUUGUUGCUACAUUCGGGAGAACGUGUAGCGAAUUAAAGAAAUUAAAGUUGUAUCAGUGUAAAGAAAUCAAUGGUGUGGGAGUGAAAGAGUGUAAGGCGAUAAUCGAGCUGAGUUAUUUUGGAGCCAACAUAGAGUUUUGUGAGUUGGAAGGGAUAUGUGAUGGAUGUAGGAAGAUUGAGAGAUUGACUAUUGAUGCUAAACUAGAUGGCGUUGGGAAUGAUGAGGAUAUUAUCUGCGCUAUAAGCCAGCUGAAAAAGUUAAAGACUCUCGGGUUGUACUCUGGAAAUCUCAUUAGUCAGUUGGAUAAAUUAAAGCUACAAAAGGAAUGUCCCAACCUACAAAAAAUCAAUUGA